AUGGAAAGAAUCAUGAAGGCUCAGGCCUUGAGGGAUAACAGAGCGGCUGGGUACAUGUCGAGCAAGAAGACCAUGGAGAUCAACCCAAAGAACCCCAUCAUGGAGGAGCUGAGAAAGAGGGCUGAUGCAGACCUUGUUCUCCUUCUGUAUGAGUCAAAGUUUAUCAAGAAAAUAGUUAAAAUGAUUGGAGACAAACUAAGUCGCACACCAUUGAGUGUUGCUCCCAACUUGGUUGGAAUGCAUUCUCAAGUCGAAAGAAUUAAUUUAUGGUUACAACGCUGGUCAACUGAUGUUGGCACACUUGUAAUCUGUGGGAUGAGUGGAAUAGGGAAAACAACCAUCACAAAGAUUGUUUACAAUUCAAACUUUAGAAUAUUUGAAGGAAGCAGCUUCCUCGAAAAUAUCAAAGAAGUUUCAUAUCAACCCAAUGGCUUAGUUCAAAUACAAACACAACUUCUUUCUGAUAUUUUGAAUGGGAGAAAAACGAAAAUAAGCAAUGUUAGUGAGGGAUUAAUUAAGAUUGAAGAUGCAAUAAGCUCUAAAAGGGUUCUUCUUGUUCUUGAUGAUGUGGACCAUAUGGACCAAUUAGAUGCAGUAUUUCAAAUGAAAGAUCGAUUUUAUCCAGGAAGUAAAAUCAUCAUAACAACUAGGCGUGCAAGAUUGUUAAAGGCUCAUCAAGUUACUGAGGUGUAUGCAGUUGAAACUUUGACUCAAAAAGAAUCAUUGGAGCUCUUCAGUUGGCAUGCUUUUGGCCAAGACCAUCCUAUUGAAGAUUACAUAGAAUAUUCAGAGAAGCUAGUCGAUCAUUGCAGAGGACUUCCAUUAAUUAGCUCUCAAAGUUUUAGGUUCUUCUUUGUUGGGGGAAAGCAUAUGUCUAUGGAAAAGUGCAUUGGAGAAGUUAGAAGCUAUUCCAAAUGGUGA